UGUAACGCUAACAAACUAGGCGGCCGUCACGGAAAUAACAAGGUAGUAUGUCGAGAGUCCGCGGACGAGUACAGAGAAAAUGGCCAGACUGACGUACAUGAAGUUUACAAUAAGGCCAUAGGUCUAAUGUGGUGCAUCUGCAUUGAGGGUCCCACCCGGUUGCUAUGGCAUCAUCCCCCUUCCCUCCCUUCAUUCCCCUACUACUCCUGACCUUGCCCACCCUGCACUCCCUUUUCUCCCGUGGCCCUCUCCCUCCCUUGCCAGCCUGUGAGCCGGGUCGCUCCUGGGCAGUGCAGCUGAGUCAGGGCUCAGACCUGCAGAGAGGCUCCCUGGAUGAGCUGGCGGAGAGCGUGGCCCAGGAGGCAGGGCUGGAGAACCGCGGACAGAUCGGGCAGCUGGAGGGCCACUACCUGCUCUGCCAUGCGCCAGCCAAAGAAGGGAAAGAGAAGUGGGACCAUCAGGCAGCUAACCAGGCUUUGGCCGCCCACCCUCAGGUUCUGUGGUACUCACAGGAGAACAUUCUCAGCAGGUCCAAGCGAAGCGUGACCUUCAAUGAUCCAGAAUACCCGAGCCAGUGGCAUUUGCACAAUGAUGUGAAACGUGGUAUGGACAUCAACGUAACAGGGGUGUGGGAGCGGAACAUCACAGGAGCGGGAGUCACUGUGGUUGUAGUGGAUGACGGGGUGCAGCACACAUUGGAGGACAUUCAGCCCAACUAUUGUCCAGAGGGCAGUUACGACUUGAACUCAAACGACCCGGAUCCCAUGCCCCACCCUGACGCCCGCAGCGAUAACCACCACGGAACCCGAUGUGCGGGUGAGAUCGCUGCUGUGUCCAACAAUAGCUUCUGUGCUGUGGGAGUGGCGUACGGCAGCAGAGUGGCAGGUAUCAGAGUUCUGGAUGGACCACUCACAGACAGCAUGGAGGCAGUGGCUUUUAAUAAACAUUACCAGAUCAAUGAUGUUUACAGCUGCAGUUGGGGUCCAGAUGAUGAUGGACGCACUGUUGAUGGACCUCAUCCUCUGGGCAUGGCAGCCCUACAACAUGGUGUUAUAGCUGGCAGGAAAGGCUUCGGAAGCAUUUUUGUUGUUGCUAGUGGCAACGGGGGACAGUAUAAUGACAACUGCAACUACGAUGGCUAUGCUAACUCCAUCUACACUGUCACUAUUGGAGCAGUAGAUGAGAACGGGAGAAAACCAUUCUAUGCAGAAGAGUGCGCGUCUAUGCUCGCUGUCACUUUCAGCAGUGGAGGAAAACAACAGCGCAGUAUUGUGACAUCAGACUGGUCGCUGCAGCACGGAACAGGUUGUACUGAUGCACACACAGGCACUUCUGCAGCAGCUCCAUUGGCAGCGGGGAUGGUGGCACUGAUGCUGCAGGUGCGGCCUUGUCUAAGCUGGCGUGAUGUUCAGCACAUCAUCACAUACACAGCCACAAAGUAUGAUACAGAGGCAGAAUGGGAGACCAAUGGAGCUGGCUUUCACCACAGCCACAAACAUGGCUUCGGCCUGCUCAACGCCUGGAGAAUGGUCAAUGCUGCUAAGGUUUGGGAAUCUGUGCCGUUCUUGGUGUCCUACCAGAGUCCACUUUUAAAAGAAGACCAGACAAUCCCAGCCUACCCGGACAAAAUCACCCUCGACUGGAAUGUCACAGCUGCAGACCUUCAGCAGUCAGGCAUGCAGACCCUAGAACAUGUGUCAGUUACCGUGACAGUAACCCACCCUCGGCGUGGCAAUGUGGAGAUUGUGCUGCUCUGCCCAAGCAGAAUGACCUCACUCAUUGGGGCCAGAAGAGUCUUGGACACAGAUGCCACCGGCUUCACAGACUGGACGUUCUCCACUGUACGGUGCUGGGGAGAGCGAGCCGAGGGCCAAUACAGCCUCCACGUUACUGACCACAGAGAAGCUGCCCCAGGAGAGGCUGUCCUUUCUCUGGGCACUCUGAAGUAUUGGAAACUCACUCUGUAUGGCUCAUCUUUAUCCUUCCAGGAGGUGUUGGACAGACGGAGGCUCGUGGAGGAGGCAAUGAAUGGCCAGUAUCUGCACAGCAAUUUCUCACUUCCCUGUCCUCCUGGUUUAGACAUUCCUUCAGAAAUAGUGAGCCCUUUUACCUCCAACAGCCUCAAGUCUUUGCUGCUCCUGGGCUGUUUCGCACUCUUCUGGUCACUCUACUACACCCUGGAGGUGACCCUGGCCCACGUAGACUGGCGAGUGCUGUUGCGAGGGCUUCGAGGGACCAGCAGCAGCGGGGCUUGGGGUGGGGCUGCUGGCCCGAAGGACGGCCAGUUGCUGGAGAUGCAGCCUGUGACGGACAUAGAGGCCAAAAUGCCCCUCAUUGCAAACGAUGAGGACACAUAGCACUCAGGGGAAAAAAACAAUAAACUGGAACUGGACCUAUAACCCAUGCACCUUACUCAGGCUGAGCUAGCACCUCUUUACAAGCUGGCCAGUGUUCAAGUGCUCACUCUAGAACAAAAAGGUGGGUUCUCUUAGCUGUGAUUUUUAUUAGGGUUUGAUGUGAUGGACCUUUUAGCUGAUGUGUGGAAUGCUCUGAGCAUGGCUGGUGCACUGUCCCAUAGGACACAUCUAGACUAAACUGAACAAUGUAUUACCAAGGAGAACAAUCGAUGGACCAUUUGUUGUUUUCAGGAUCAGGAGCCUGCUUCUGAGGUUGACAAAUGGUACUGGUGGUGUGAGGUAUGUGUGUGUUGUAUGUGAAUGAGAAAGGGGAGGGUGUAUGCGUGCUUUCAGAUAUGCGUGAGUAAGAAAGAGUGCUAUAUUUUUUAUUAAAUUAUAUACUUUUUUGCAGGGUUUGUUCUUUUGAAAUAUAUACAUAUAUAAAUAUAUUGACUGGGUCAAAUGCAUCCAGCACUUUUGGUUUCAAAUUUUCUUUUCCCAACAGUUUUUUUUUUUCUUUUUUCCCCAAAACUUUUAGGCUGAACAUGUGGAAUGAUGCACAUAAUUGAAAAUAACUGUUCUACACAGCUAUAUCCAUUUUACAAGGCAUGAUUUCUAUGAAAAUGGAUGCGUUUUAAGACUUAAGUCUUUUUAAAUGAGGUGAAGUGUACUUGUAUGAAAAUCCAAAGAUUGAAAUGUAAAUAACAGCUGGUCUGAAUUGAGACAAUAAAAACAUGUCAGCUGAAUCUUUCAUCUUUUGACGUCUGGUUCGUCUACUGCAGUGGAGCCUAAUCCUGGUCCUGGAGAUCUACCAACUUGUAGAGUUUAGUUCCAAUUCUAACACACCUGAUUCAGAUAAUGAAAGCCUUCAGGGGUAUCUGAAUAUUAGAGACAGGUGUAGAAAUGUCCAGGCUGGUAGGUCUCCAGCACCAGGAUUGGGCAUCUGCCGCCCUGGUGAUAGACUGAUUUCCAUCUGAUCUGAGUAUUUAAAGGAGUCUUAUGAGCAUGCAAGGUUUUCUUAAGGUUUGCUGCAUUUUUUCAGUGGGGAACCCUCAGGGCCUUCAGAGAAGGCCUAUUUAUUUCUGGCAAGUAAGGAAAUGUAUUUCUGUAAUUUUUAAUUUCUUUUAUUUAAUAGAAUUGUAUUGAAGCUAUGCAAGUAUUGUAGUAAUACUAUUUAAUUGUUCUGGUUGGAAACAAAAGGUUUCAGAUCUUGAUCUUGAAACGCCCAAUGAAAAAUUGUCCAAUCAAAUAUUUUUUCCCUGUGAUAUCUCAGUAGAUACAGCCAAUUGGACUUCAGGAGAUAAACAGAAGGCCUUGUAUGUUAGAUUAUCUACCAACAUAAUUAGGGAGUGAAAUCAGACAGUCAUGUUUUGACCAAUGAAUCGUGAGAAAAUACGUCACUCUAGGCCUUCUAGAAGUUCUCGAAAUGUCAGUGAUUGCGAAUAUGAGCUGUAGUCUAACUAGGUUUCAGUCAGGUUUUAGGAAUGGAAAACUGCCAGGAUUCUUACUGAGUCACUGUAAAAUUGCUACAAGGUGUUAAUGUCUAUUACAAACUUCAAAUAAAACAUGAAAUGUUUUUUA